AUGUCGUUCAAAACAGUUGUGAGGAGUUUACAAACUCUAAGUUAUGUUGGAAGUUAUAGGAAAAUACGAGAUCGCCCGUACAAGUUCUACUGCGCUGCUGUACUCGGCACUGGAUACAUAGCGUACAGUCAAAUGAAACGAAACAAGGCAGAAAUGAAAGAAAUAAUUCAAUUAAAAAAUUACAUGGCGGAACCCAUCACACCUCUGUCUGAGCUGGAAAAGAACCAAGAUGAUAUGAAAACACAGAUGGAACUGCUUAUAAUGAGGAUACAAGCAGAGUUUUGUAGGGCUCUCGAGAAAGAGGAAGACCAGGCAUGGGAGGACGAAAAGACCGCUGAUGAUUAUGAUUUUGACAACGAUGUAUUUUUGCCAUCACCGGAGGCAAAGUUCAAAGUGGAUAGGUGGACCAGAAAGGAGGGGGGUGGGGGGAUAACAUGCGUGCUGCAGGACGGGCGCGUGUUCGAAAAGGCCGGCGUCAACAUCUCCGUGGUGCAUGGCAAGCUGCCGCCGGCAGCCGUGCAACAGAUGCGGAGCAGAGGAAAGAACCUACAGUCAUCAGAGCUGCCGUUCUUCGCAGCGGGCGUGAGUGCAGUCAUCCACCCCAGGAACCCAAUGGUCCCCACCAUACACUUCAACUACCGCUACUUUGAAGUGCAGGAUAAAGAUGGUGUACAGUGGUGGUUCGGCGGUGGCACAGAUUUAACCCCAUACUACUUGAGUGAAGAAGACGCCGUACAUUUCCACCUCACCCUCAAGCACGCUUGCGACGCACACGACCCCUCUUACUACCCUAAAUUCAAAAAAUGGUGUGACGACUAUUUCACAAUAACGCAUCGCGGUGAACGGCGAGGAGUUGGAGGUAUCUUCUUCGACGACGUGGACUAUCCUAGUCAGCAAGAGGCGUUCGAGUUUGUAACCUCUUGUGCUGAGGCCGUCAUACCCAGCUAUAUACCUCUUGUGCAACGGCACAAGGACGACGCGUAUGGCUACCAUGAACGCCAGUGGCAGCUCCUGCGUAGGGGCAGAUACGUGGAGUUCAACUUGAUCUACGACCGCGGCACCAAGUUCGGCCUACACACGCCCGAAGCCCGAUACGAGUCUAUACUUAUGUCCCUGCCACUGAACGCG